CCUAUGCAACUCUCUACAACUCUAUGCGCACUUCCUUAUACACAAUGCAAGACACUACAACCCCAAUAAACAAUACUCCUAAGGAGGCAAGCAACAUCUUGCAUAGAGUUAAGGCCUUCGAAUCCUAUCUCCAGCGAAACAAGUACCCUUCACUCAAGAUUACCCUACCCAACAAUGACUUCUUACUCGACACGUCUUCUACCAUGGAUAAGGAAUGCUCUACGCACAGGCACCUUGAAUUACUACAUUCGCUCCGACUAGGAUCCGUCUUUUGCUUGCAUGAAUUCGUACAUGACGAUGGACCUUGUUCUAAGUACCUUGUCGACGUUAUGAUUGUUGAUCUCUUUCAAUGCUCCUAUCAUGGUAGUAUGGUUGUUUUUGCUUUGCUCUUUGACACCAAGACCGUACGGGAUGCUGCCCUACCUGGGUGUAUUUGGCCAGAUCAACUUCAAGGCGACAGGAUGCCUACCUACCUACUAAGCAACAAAUUCUAUGCAAUGAAGGAGUCUACCUUUUCCGCGUCUCAAUCCCGUUUUACCAUCGAGACGGUAUCCCCUUUCUAUGGCUUCAACUUCUACCUCAGAGAUCUAGAGGAGUUUGAUGGAUCUUGCUUAGCAGUAAACCGCGCCUUUACUUCCUACCACGGACCCAUUAUGGAAACGUUCAACAACACGCUCCCCCUAGAGCUUAGGCGCAUGGUGUACAGGGAGCUGUUUUCGCCUAUGACGUUUGGCGUACAUCUUAUCAAGGACUACAUAGGACAAGUAGAGGGGGACAUGGAGGGAGAUCCAGCACAGUCUAUUCUAGUAACGGAUGACUUCGAGACCGAUUUUGCAGACGGGUAUAGCCUUCUCUUGACCCUAAGGGAUGUACAAGACUCGUUGAAUGAAAUCUAUGUAUGGAAAUCCGACACAAUUCACGAUGACAUCCUUCGUUCUGGUAUAGCGUCGUCUCAAGCACUCAUUCUCAGACGAGGCGAAGAGGGAAUUGUUAUUCCACUUCCAGCACUCGUGAACCUAAAUAUCCGUUGUGGUAAUGAAGGAGCCCUAACUAUUCCACCGUUUAAUCUAGUUAAGAACUGCCUGAAGGUCUUUAGCACGCUUCGGAAGGUUACUAUUACUAUAUCAGAACUCAACGUACCAGUACUGACUGAGAGGAGGCUAGCCGAAGGUAUGGCACUGAUUGAAGCUAUAAACAAAAGAAUUACAUGGGAUGUUACCUAUGGAUGUGAUACUUGGUAA